AUGUCUUCAUACGCCAUCACCGGAGCCUCCAAGGGCAUUGGCCGCGAGUUCGUACGCCAACUCGCCGCCGAUACGAACAACACGGUCCUGGCAAUUGUGCGAGACCUCAAAUCGCCCGGCAUAUCUGAGCUUGCCUCCAACCACCCUAACUUGCACGUUAUUAAAGGCGAUGUUACCGACCCAAAGUCCAUUCUCGAGGCUGCCUCGGCCGCAGCCGCCAUCACAGGGGGCAAGCUAGACGUGCUUAUCCACAACUCCAACGCCGUUGAUUUGGCCACCGCGUUCUCAAACCCGACCCAGCUUCCCUUUGAUGCUCAAGCCACUCGGGCAAUUUUCGAACCCUCGUUAAGUACGGGUGUCUACGGCGGUAUAUGGACGACAAACGCCUUCCUACCCCUGAUUGAAAAGGGCGUCCAGAAGAAGAUUGUGCACAUCUCAAGCGCUAUGGCUGAUUUGGAGCUUAUCAAGAAGACUGGUGUCAGCUAUUCUGUCCCGUACUCUGUUUCAAAAGCCGGGGUGAAUGUCCAAGUCACCAAGUACGCGGCAGAACUUGCGCCUAAAGGCAUCAAGGUGCUGGCUUUAAGUCCUGGAUGGGUUGAUACGUGGGAAGGAGAGAAACCACCUCAGUUACUACAAGCGAACGAGAUCAUGCUAAAGCAGUUUCAGGCAGUCGAGCCUGAACUCAAGGGCCAAAUUCAGCCCGAGGAGAGUGUUAGAAAGAGCCUCCAAGUGAUUGCGCGUCUGGAUUCUGAGACUAGCGGCUUGCUCUUGAGUCAUAAUGGAAAUAACACAAGGUGGUUCUGA